AGUACGCGUGUGCGGCGCCGGGAGAGGACAGCUCCGGUGCUGAUGUUGGGAGCGGGUGAGCGCACCCUGGAGCGCAGAGUGUGGAGCGCGCGGCGCGCGGGGCCGUCCACACACUCGACCCGGCAGCCCGGCCAGCGCUGUCCUAGCCGGAGAGAGUAAGGACAUUUGCCAACCAUGAGACACGAGGCGCCCAUGCAGAUGGCCUCUACCCAAGAUGCCAGAUAUAGCCAGAAAGACUCCUCUGAUCAGAAUUUCGACUACAUGUUCAAAUUGCUCAUCAUUGGCAAUAGCAGUGUGGGGAAAACAUCUUUUCUGUUCCGUUAUGCGGAUGACUCCUUCACAUCUGCAUUUGUCAGCACGGUUGGAAUCGAUUUCAAAGUAAAAACUGUAUUCAAAAAUGAGAAGAGAAUCAAGCUUCAGAUUUGGGAUACAGCAGGCCAAGAAAGAUACAGGACUAUCACCACAGCCUAUUAUCGUGGGGCCAUGGGCUUUAUUUUAAUGUACGACAUCACAAAUGAAGAAUCCUUCAAUGCGGUCCAAGAUUGGUCAACUCAAAUCAAAACAUACUCUUGGGAUAAUGCCCAGGUUAUUCUGGCUGGCAACAAGUGUGACAUGGAAGAUGAGCGGGUCAUCUCAACUGAGAGAGGCCAACGUCUAGGAGAACAGCUUGGGUUUGAGUUUUUUGAAACAAGUGCCAAGGAUAACAUUAAUGUCAAGCAGACCUUUGAACGACUUGUGGAUAUCAUCUGUGACAAAAUGUCAGAGAGCUUGGAGACAGACCCGGCCAUCACUGCGGCAAAGCAGAACACAAGACUCAAGGAGACUCCUCCUCCACCGCAGUCCUCCUGUGGCUGUUAGUGUACACACACACACACACACACACACACACACACACACACGGGAAGCUCCUAGGGGCUCUGGUUGCCAACAAACAGCAUUUAUAAAUGGUCUGUUAGCCUUCAUUUAUACUGCCUAAUAAUUAUUUGAAGGAAGUCCUUGAUGUCAGAGGCCCCGUACAUGCAUUCAAAUCUUGGGUGAUUUCCUGUGACAAAUAUGUGAUCUUAACUUUGUAAGGACUAUUCAUCUAUAGACAUCUAGUACUUGCAUGUGAUGUGUUAUUUACUUGUCUUCUAGGCUCUCUAUUUUUCUAAAUUCCUUCAUAGUUAAGCUGCUGCUGGUGCAUCAGACUUUGAUUUCACUAUAGCUGACU